GCCCGCCGCUGCGGCUGGCUGUCUGCCGCGCCCGCCCGCCCAUGCUCUCCGCCACCAGGAGGGCUCGUCAGCUCUUUCACAGCCUUUUUCCGGUCCCAAGAAUGGGCGACUCGGGUUCUAAGAUCAUCAGCCCCCAGGAGGCCUUGCCGGGCCGGAAGGAUCGGAUCACCGUGGCGGCCAAACAUCAUGUCAAUGGCAACAGAACAGUCGAACCUUUCCCAGAGGGAACACAGAUGGCUGUGUUUGGAAUGGGUUGUUUCUGGGGAGCGGAGAGGAAAUUCUGGACCCUGAAAGGAGUAUAUUCAACUCAAGUUGGUUAUGCAGGAGGCUACACUUCCAACCCUACUUACGAAGAAGUCUGCUCAGGAAAAACUGGCCAUGCAGAAGUAGUCCGAGUGGUGUACCAGCCAGAACGCAUCAGCUUUGAGGAACUGCUCAAGGUCUUCUGGGAGAAUCAUGACCCGACCCAAGGCAUGCGCCAAGGCAAUGACCACGGCUCUCAGUACCGCUCAGCCAUCUAUCCGACCUCCACCACGCACAUGGAGGCGGCCCUGCGAUCCAAAGAGGACUACCAGAAGGUCCUAUCUGAGCACGGCUAUGGCCAGAUCACGACCGACAUCCGGGAGGGACAGACUUUCUACUACGCGGAGGAUUACCACCAGCAGUACCUGAGCAAGAACCCCGGCGGCUACUGUGGCCUUGGUGGCACCGGAGUGUCCUGUCCGAUGGGUAUUAAAAAGUAGUAUCUCCCCAUGUCGAUGGCCCUUGAGGUCCCAGCAAAAACGCUUCCAACAAAUUGGGCAGUUGUUCUGUGGCUCUCAUCACGGGCUUUGCAGGGCACAGAGGCCUCAGGAAGCCGGGUCUAUUGCGUCUGCCUGAGCGCUAGAUACGUAGUUUCUCUCCCAGCCGGUUGCGGAGGGAGUAGAGUUGUGAAAAUUUUUGGAUCAUUUGGGGUCUGAAUGAGGAUAGUGAAUAUGAUGUGUUCACCUUUCUUGUGCCUGAGUGCCUGCCGUGGGAGCUAGGGAAGGAAGGGGAGGCUGGCUGCCGGAUGAGGCAUGCUGGAAAUCCUUCAUCCCAGCCUGUGCCACCUCACCUGCCUGCACCCGCCAGUGCCUUAAAAUUUGCAAACAUUUAUAGCCUCAAUCAAUCAUUCACCGACAUACUUCGUUCUCUGAUCCCACACACGUGUAAGGGGCUUCUCUCUCUCUCUGGCCUCCUGUGGCAGAGAUCGGAGUUUGCUUGAUGAAUUCUAACGCACUGCUUACAGCUAUGAGAAAUGCUUGUUCUAAUAAAAGUCUAC